AUGCCACAAAUUACAAUUAAUGAUGUCGAAAUUGAUUUUCCUUAUCAACCAUAUGAUUGUCAAUUUGAGUAUAUGACAAAAGUUUUAUUAUCAUUAAAUGAGGGUAAACAUGCCAUUUUAGAAUCACCUACUGGUACUGGUAAAACUUUAUGCCUAUUAUGCGCUUCAUUAGCAUGGCUUGAUAAACAAGCCAAUUCCAUACAAUCAAUGCCAAUAACAAUGAAUGUCAAACAUCAAAAUGCAAUGAACAAGACAUGGCUUACCAAUGAUGAUGUCGAUAAUUCGUUAAUUCAUCAAAAGAAUGUUUUAAAUAAAUUAAAUACUAAUACUUGUAAAAUUAUUUUUGCAUCAAGAACUCAUUCACAAUUAGCUCAAGCUGUUAAUGCAUUGAAAGGAACAGUGUAUUCAAAACGUAGUGUCAGUGUUGUCGGAUCAAGAGAUCAAUUAUGCCUUCUUCCUGAUGUCAAAUUAUUGGAAUCGAAUUCAGCCAAAAUUUAUGCAUGUCGUAUGCGAGUUCAAACGAGAACAUGUGAAUAUUUUCGAAAUUUCGAUUCUAAACGUGAUGAUAUUUUAGCGAAUUUAAAAUCGGAAGGUAUUGUAGACAUUGAAGAUUUAUCAAAUUAUGGUCAAAAAAUAAAAUGUUGCCCUUAUUUCAUAUCGAGAGAACUGAAAACCGACUCAUCUUUGGUUUUUAUGCCUUAUAAUUAUUUACUUGAUCCACGAAUUCGAACUCUUUAUAAUAUUAAUCUUGAAAAUACAACGGUUAUUUUCGAUGAAGCUCAUAAUAUUGAACAAGUAUGUGAAGAUGCUUCAUCAGUAACAUUGAAUUCAGCUUUAUUAGCUUCAGCUAUUGAACAUGUACGUAGUGUUUGUGAAAUUGUAUUUCAACAUACUAUGGAACAUGAAGAAAUUGACUGUGCAGAAGAUAACAGGAAUGAUACUACACAAAAAUCCACAAUGAACAUCAAUAAAUCGAAAGGUUUAUUCGAUAUGACCCAACCGGAAGAGAAUGCAAUUGAAGCUUUAAGUAUUGAAAAAAUGAUCACAUUAAAAGGACAAUUAAUGGAAUUAGAAAGAUUAAUUGAUGAAUUGACUGUUCCUUCGGAAGGUCUUACUAAAGAUGGCAGUUUCAUCUUUGAUCUACUUAGUCGAGCUGGAAUUAAUCAUUGGACUAAUAAUACCAUACAAACUGUAAUCGAUGAGAUUAUCACAUUCACUAAUUCAACACAUAACGUCAAAAUUCGUAAAACUAAAGGUUUACAUGAAGUCGGUGAAUUUUUGAAAACUGUAUUCGGUUAUUUGCCAGGUGAAGUAAAUGUUACAUUUAAUUUUAAAUCACAAUUUAAAUUACAACAUGAUGAAUUGAUUUCAUGUUAUCGUGUACAUAUUAAAGAUGAUUUAUUAACAGCGAGUGCUAACAAUAAAUAUGUCAAAAAUGCAUGGGAUGUACAAUCUAUUACUACUAGUAGUAGUACUGCUGGCACAACUAAUCGUACCAUUAGUUAUUGGUGUUUUAGUCCUGGACGUGCUAUACAAGAAUUAAUUCGACAAAAUGUACGUUGUAUCAUUUUAACUAGUGGUACACUUUACCCGAUUGAACCAUUAGAAGCUGAAUUAAAUUUGAAAUUUCCUAUCACAUUAUGUAAUCCACAUGUAAUCAAUGCCGAUCAAUUGAAUGUAGCCAUUAUACCACGUGGACCAGAUGGUGAGAAAUUAAAUGCUACUUAUUCUGUACGAGAAACGUCGGCCUAUCGAAAUUCAUUAGGCUUAUUAUUAAUUCAAUUAGCUGAAGUUGUACCCGCUGGCCUAUUGAUCUUCUUUCCAUCCUAUGCAUUUAUGUCACAGUGUAUUGAAUUUUGGAAGAAUGGUGAUAUUUAUGAGAAAUUAUCAAAAUGUAAACAUAUUUUCAUUGAACCACGUGAAAAAACACAAUUUAACCAGAUAUUUAAUGAAUAUCGAAAAUUUGCAUGUAGUAGUAGUAGUAGUAGUAGUAAUAGUGCACAAUGUAGUGGUGCAAUUCUAUUCGCUGUUAUGCGUGGACGUGUAAGUGAAGGCUUAGAUUUAGCUGAUAAUGCUGGUCGUGGUGUUGUGAUACUCGGUUUGCCAUAUGCACCAAUUCAUGAUCCAAGGAUUGUAUUGAAAAUGGCUUAUUUAGAUGAACAAGUUGUUAAAUUAAAAUUGAAAAAUUCCAAACAAAAUGAUACAGAACAAAAGAAUUUAAUUGAUAAAUAUCCAACUGGUCGUCAAUGGUAUAAUUUACAAGCAUGGCGUGCAGUGAAUCAAGCUGUUGGAAGAGUAAUUCGUCAUUACAAAGAUUAUGGUGUGAUUUAUUUGUGUGAUGAACGUUUUGCAUCAAAUAAUGCCCAAUUGAAUUUAGCUCAUUGGAUGCGUACAAAACACAAAGUCUAUGAUAAAGUUGAUACUGUUGUCAAGGAUACUUGUGAAUUUUUUCGUAAUAUGCGUAUUAAAUAUCCAUCUACCGAAAGAUCAAUGGAAACUACAUCUUCCAUUGUAGAUGUUAGUACAUUAACUGGAAAAAAUUUACUACGGUCUGUGAAUCGAACAACAUCAUCAUCUUUUGAUAGAUCUAACAUGCUAUCUAAUCUUCCGUCAGCUUUUGAAGUGAAUAUAUUCAGUCCAAAGCUGAAUGAUUCAACAACACUUUUAACAAGUUAUCAUCAUUCCAAUCCUGUAGCUGCUAGUUCAUCAAAACUUACGGAAUGUAAUAAUAAUGAGGCUAAAAAAGAUUCGACGUUUUCCACCUCCUCCUCAUCAUCAUCAACAUCAACAUCCAUAUUUGAUAAAGUGUACCAUGAAUCAGAGAAUAUAAAUCAACCAACAUCUAUAUCAAAUCUCAAUUCAUACUACUCUGAUGAUUUAUUAGAACAAAAAUUAUUACAACGAAAAUCAUGUAAACGAAUAAAACUUUUAGAAAAAAAUCAAACUAAUCAUUCAUUAGAACUAUCCAAAUCGCCUAGUCAAUCUACUACUACCAUGAAUACUAAUCAAAAGUUGGAUGAUUCUUCUUUCUCAUCAAAAUAUAUGACUUUGUUGAAAUCAAUUUUGAUGAAAUCAAAUGAAACCAAUCAAUCUGCAAUAGUGUAUGCCAAUUGUUUAAAUGAUUUUAAACAAGCUAUGCAAGAAUAUCGACAAGCUAUCACAUCAACCACAACCUCAGCGUUGGAUCAAAAAUCAAUAAUCAAUAGUCAGCCCAAUCAACCGGUCGAAAUGUUAUUCACUCAGUUAUCAAGAAUAUUUAUGCCAUUAGAAGUACCUGGACUAUUACAAGAUGCUAUUCAUUUUAUCUUACCGGAGCAUCGUAAACGUUAUGCUGAAUUAUGUCAUAAUUUAACUGGAUUACCAAUGAUUCAGUUCAAUGCAAUAGAUGAUAAUCAAUCUUUAAAUACUACAAAUCAAGUAUCUCACAGUCAAGCAGUGAAUUCAAACCAAUCAGAAAAGAUAUUUGAAAUUUCAAUGAAGUGUUGUAAAUGUUCCAUAGAUCCAGCACAAGUUCCAUUAAUAUCAUGUUGUAAGCAUAUAGCUUGUUUUAAAUGUUGGCGACAUAUUAUUGAGGAAGGUAAUCGUCAAUGUCCUGUAUGUAGAAAAUUCUUAAAACGACGUGACUUAUCACGUUUAACACAAAAAAACAAUACAGAAUAAAUAAAUAAAAAAGAAAUUUGUAAAUUUUUAUUAUUCAGAAAACUAUUUGAACUCGGCUAUUUUUAUUUUUAU